AUGGCUUGUUUUUCUGUUGUUUGCAAUACUGGGUUCUUAUCUAUUCCAAACAAAUUGGAAGUUCAUGGCCGAAAGUCCAAGUCUUUGGGGAGAUAUAGAGGUUUUUGUUGUCGUUCAUUUGCUUUUCGUUCGUUGGGAUAUCACAAAUUUUGCAACUUUCAACAUGGGUUGCUCUGGAACAAUGAGCUUAGGCCACUGAGUAAUGGAAAAAGUGGAGUUUUCUUAAAGGGAUUCAAUAAUCGUUAUAAAUCUAAACAGGAGUUGUGUUGUUACAACAAAAUUGAGCCACUGACAAAUGCAAACAGUGCAAAUAAGCAGAUGCAUUUGGGAAAAAAAGGAAACACCAAGUUAAGGUCUUUGAGGAAGAGAUUUUCUUUAAGAUUACGCCCAAGGUUGCGGUUAUUAACUAUAAGAUUGAAAACAGUUACGAUUCGAUCAGUGUUAAAUGGUAUUGGGACCUUCUUGAGAAAGAAUAUAAGAAGAGUGACUCUUUUUUCUUCAAUUUCUGCAACAUUGGGGCUGUGCUAUCUGUUUUUGAAGUUAACAGCAGUGCCUUCUCCAAAAAUGGUUCCAUAUUCAGAAUUGAUAACAAGCCUUCGAAAUGAUUCUGUUACGAAAGUUCUACUUGAAGAGGGAUCUCGUCGGAUAUAUUAUAACACAAACUGUCGCAUUGCUGGGGAUACUCAUUUGUUUGAUGAAGAAUUGACAAACGUACAAGGAGAGAAUAUGGCCGAUAAGGUCACAAGUGAUGAUGGUUCUCGAUCUGAUCAAGCAUUGAAUACGAACGUAUUGAAAAAAUUAUCAGUCACUCAAGCUUCAACCCCUGACUGGCAGUAUUCCACUAGAAAAAUAGAUCAUGAUGAGAAAUUUUUACUUAGUUUGAUGAGAGAGAAAGGAAUUACCUAUAGCUCGGCUCCUCAAUCAGUGUUGAUGUCAAUGAGGACUACUUUGAUAACUAUAAUAUCUCUGUGGAUUCCUUUGCUGCCAUUGAUGUGGCUUCUUUAUCGUCAACUUACUGCUGGUAAUAGCCCAGCCAAAAAGCGGAGACCUGAUAAUCAGUCAGUUGGAUUUGAUGAUGUUGAGGGAGUUGAUUCUGCCAAAUUGGAGCUCAUGGAGAUAGUUUUAUGCUUGCAAGGAGCUAUUAACUAUAACAAACUGGGAGCAAAGUUACCUAGAGGUGUAUUGCUGGUGGGUCCUCCAGGAACAGGGAAAACAUUACUCGCCCGUGCAGUGGCUGGAGAAGCAGGUGUACCAUUUUUCACUGUUUCUGCCAGUGAAUUUGUGGAGAUGUUUGUUGGAAGAGGGGCAGCUCGCAUUAGAGACCUUUUUAAUAUGGCAAGGAAAUAUUCACCAUCGAUCAUAUUCAUUGAUGAGCUUGACGCGGUUGGAACAAAGCGUGGCAGAAGUUUCAAUGAUGAGCGUGACCAAACUCUGAAUCAGUUGCUGACAGAAAUGGAUGGAUUUGAGUCAGACUCGAAGGUGAUUGUUGUUGCUGCAACAAACAGGCCUGAAGUAUUGGAUUCUGCCCUUUGUAGGCCAGGCCGCUUUUCAAGGAAAAUAGUUGUAGGAGAACCAGAUGAAGAAGGACGGAGAAAGAUUUUGGCUGUACAUUUGAGAGGAAUUCCUUUGGAGGAAGACAGUAAUCUUAUUUGCAGCCUCAUUGCUUCUCUGACACCAGGUUUUGUGGGUGCUGAUCUUGCAAACAUUGUCAAUGAAGCUGCUUUACUUGCUGCUCGUAGAGGUGGUGAAACUGUGGCCAGAGAAGAUGUCAUGGAAGCAAUUGAAAGAGCAAAGUUUGGAAUAAAUGAUAAGCAACUUAGACCUAGUACUAUUAGCAAGGAGCUUGGGAAAAUGUUCCCAUGGAUGCCUUCUCUAAUGGGAAAGAAUAACGCAAGACAAGAUGGAUUGCCAGGGCCACUAGGAUAUCAAGCUCUGAGUUGAUGUUGCAUGGAGCUGAUACUUCGCAUGAAAAAUCCACACGAGGCUUCUCACGCGCCGGUCCGGCGGCGCACAUAUAAACCCUAAUCUUACUGCUCUGAGCUGGAAAGCCAAUCAACUAGGAUCACUAUUUGCACAGUGUCAUGAAAAUUUCAAAUGCUGAGGAAACUUCAGAGUGGCAAUCAGGUAUCAAGUAGAUGCAAUGCCAAGAUAAUGCACAGCAUACCAUGUGACUGAAAUGGGAAAUUGGCAUGCUUUACAUACACAUGAACUAUUUUCCAGCUAGAAUAUGCAUUACGGUCUCAUUAAAUUAUGAACACGAGCAUCAACUGGUACGUUAGCUUGCCCAUAUGACAGAAUAAACUAUGAUAUCUUCAGGAUUCUUCCUUGAUAAUUGUUGACAACAAAUGGGAAGCGUGAUUGUCUAAGAAUUUUUUAACCUUAUCUUGUGUGAUUGAAUAUAAAUUUAAAAACAAAAACUGAAAAAUGGAAUAUUGUAGUGUAGGGCUGAAAAUUGAAGCCCCACCGCGCAUGCAUAAAACAUGCUGUCAACUUGCCCAUAUCAGAAAAAGACGUUUGAUCACCGAAAGCCACUCCUAAUUGAUUGUCCUUGUCUGCAAGGUUCCAUGUUUUUGGGAAUUUGAGUCAUGGAUGUGUUUUAAUAUUGUAGUCUUCUGCAGACACCAGUUAGGCCAGUCGGGAAGGACACCCUUUUGCCCAAAUUC